CCGGUACCGUCCAGCGUCAGUUCAUUCGGUGGCAGUUCAUUUGUGGCAGCCGUCCCGAGUACGGCCGCGUGCUGCAAAACACACAAAACCUCGUCACAGGAAACGGUUGACUUUCCAACCUUUCGACAGAAACGGUUGGAGCCAUUCCAAUUCCGUCCAGCGCUCCCGUACGGCGCUUGAUUAAGAGAUCAAAAAGAUCACAGCGAACGGCGUGCGGCGGACACACUUUUUUCUAGCCUCUAGCCUGACGACGACGAUGGCGCGGCUCGCAAAGCAACCAUCGCCAUUCCGCUGCAGAACGAUCGUUUUUCAACCGAAAUUGACAUGUUCGAGCAGCUUGCUAUUGUUGUGCUGCUGGCUGGCGCUACUCCCUUCCCCGGAGGCACACACCAUCAUCGAGCGACCUUCGCGUCCAUCACCGGAGGAUUAUCGGUACCAGCGCGCCCUGCUAGCCUCCGAGGAAGCCGACCUUGCAUUCGGUGCCGACAUCCCACUCGCCGGUAACGAGAUCCUCGUGAACAAUCACCUGAUGGACCUGAAGCGCGAUGAGCUCGAGAAGGGCUACACCAAUCCGUUCAACUUUUCACCCGCACGCCACUUCUUCGAAGUGCUGGACCAGAUUAACGCAUCGCCACUGUUUCGGUUCGUGCGCGAGCUACCGAAGGGAGCGGUGCUGCAUGCGCACGAUACCGCCCUGGCCAGUACGGAAGUGAUCGUGAAAGCCACCUAUCAACCGCACCUGUGGCAGCGUGGCUGUUUCGAGCACGGCCGGCAGCCCGAAUUUCUUUUCUCCCGCACGAAACCCACAGCGCCCCAGCGAGGAAAUAAGCAUAACGAUGGUGAUGACGAUGAUGACUGGGAGCUGGUGCAAACCGUCCGAGAAAGGAUGGGCCCGGCCAGGUACGAUGAGCACGUCCGGCAGCUAUUCUCACUGUACACGCCAGACCCGCAGACCGCGUACCGCAGCAUCAACGAUGUGUGGGAUCGGUUUAGUCAGAUCUUUCUGGCGUUCAAUCCCAUCGUUACGUACCGGCCCGUGUGGGAGUUCUACUUCCGGGAGGCGCUGCGGGAGUUUCACGAGGACAAUGUGCUGUAUCUGGAGUUUCGCGGACUGCUACCUACGCUAUACGACCUGGAUGGCAAGACUUACGGGCCGGAGGAGGUGGUACAAAUCUAUCGCACAAUCACGGAGGAGUUCAAAGCCACCCAUCCACGGUUUGCCGGUACGAAGUUCAUCUACGCGCCGUUGCGACUGGUCGACAACCAGACGAUGGAUCAAUACCUGAGCCUUGCCGAACGGUUGCACCGCCUGCACGGUGACUACGUGGUAGCGUUCGACCUUGUCGGCCAGGAGGACCUGGGCCGCCAGCUGCUGGAUUUUGUACCCCAACUGCUCCAGCUGCCCGCGUCCAUCAACUUUGUGUUCCAUGCGGGCGAAACCAACUGGAACGGCAUGCCAUCGGAUGGCAAUUUGUUCGAUGCCAUCAUGCUCGGCACGAAGCGUAUCGGGCAUGGCUACUCGCUGCUCAAGCAUCCGCUGCUGCUGGAAAAGGUACGGCAGCGCAACAUUUGCGUCGAAAUCAAUCCCGUCUCGAAUCAGGUGCUCCGGCUGGUAGCCGACCAUCGGAAUCACCCGGCCAGUGUACUGUUUGCGUCCGACUUUCCGCUGGUCGUGUCGUCCGAUGAUCCGUCCUUCUGGCGCGCUGCACCACUGAGCCACGACUUUUACAUGGCGUUUCUCGGCAUGACGACGGUCGGGCAGGAUUUGCGCGUGUUUAAAAAGCUGGCCCUCAACUCCAUACGCUACAGCUUAAUGAGCGAUCGGGAGAAGGAGGUGGCGCUUGGAAAAUUCCAACUGGCCUGGGAUGGUUUCAUCGAUCGGAAGGCGGAGCAGCUGAGGGCGAGCAGUAGGAAUGAGCGAAUGGCUCGUCCAGCGUACGAUGAGUUCUGCCGGCAGCGGGAGGAGUUUUUCGCCCGGGAACAGGGCCGCGGCCUUGGUGCCAAUCUCGUGCUCAGCCCAUCCGAACAGCGCCUCAACCAGUACGUGAUGCACCUGAAGCAGCAGGAACUGGCCAAAGGUGUGGAGAACCCGUACGAGCUCGUAUCGGCGCGACACUUCUUCGAGAUGCUGGAGCGCAUCAACGAGUCACCACUGUUCCGGUUGAUUCAGAAGAUGCCAAAGGGUGGCGUUUUGCAUGCCCACGAUACGGCCAUCGGUAGUACGGAGCUGAUCGUGCGUGCGACACGCCACGCUCAUCUGUGGCAGAGCGGUAGCAUUCCCCAGGCGGCUGCGGAUCCGAUGCCGGUGUACACGUUCUCGCGCAACAAACCCACGGCGGAGGGUGAGUGGCGUCUGGUAGCGGACAUUCGCAGCACGAUGGGUGACGCAGCGUACGAGGCGGCCAUUCGCAAGAUGUUCACGCUGUACACGACCGAUCCGCUGAAUGAGCAUCGCGACAUUAACGAUGUGUGGCGCAAAUUUAUGGCACUGUUCAUCUGCUUCGAACCGAUGGUUACGUACCGGCCGGUCUGGGAAGAGUACUACUAUGGGUGUUUGGAGGAGUUGCUGGCGGACAAUGUCACGUACCUGGAGUUCCGUGGACUACUCCCACCGGUAUACGAUCUAGAUGAUCGUAAGUACACCCCGGAGGAGAUCGUGCAGAUGUACGUCGAUCAGUCGGAAAAGUUCCUGCGCGCCAAUCCCAAGUUUGCGGGCGUUAAGUUCAUCUACGCACCGUUGAAGUUCUGCGACGACAGCACCUUCGACGGGUACCUUACGCUGGUGCAAACGCUUAAGGCACGCUUCCCGACCUUCAUCGCCGGGUUCGAUCUCGUCGGCCAGGAAGACCUUGGCCGACCGCAUACAGACUUUAACGAGCGAUUGCUUCGUCUCCCGGCUGGAAUUAAUUUCUUCUUCCAUGCCGGCGAAACCAACUGGACUGGACGGCGGGACGAGAACUUGAUCGACGCCAUCCUGUUAGGAACGAAGCGCAUCGGGCACGGCUUCGCCGCCAUCAAGCAUCCGGUCGUGCUGGAGGAGAUCAAGAAGCGCAACAUCUGCAUCGAGCUGAACCCGAUCUCGAACCAGGUGCUGAAGCUGGUGCAAGACUUCCGCAACCAUCCCGGCGGUUUCUACUUCUCCGACAACUACCCGGUCGUGGUUUCGAGCGACGAUCCCUCCUUCUGGUGUGCCUCACCCUUGAGUCACGAUUUCUUCGUCGCGUUCAUGGGACUCGCAUCUGCGCGGGCCGACCUACGGUUGCUCAAGCAGCUCGCCCUCAACUCGAUCGAGUACAGUUCGAUGGAGGGCGAAGAGAAGACGAUCGCCACCCAGAAGUGGACUGCCGCGUGGAACGAGUACGUGGAGGAGAUGCUUAAAACCAUUCCGGCUGAGUUCUAAAACGGUUAAAAGGCUGUAAGCUAGGAUUGUGUAGAUUUCCAAUGGAAACAGUAUUUCUUGUGUGUUGUUCCUUAAGCCUUUGAAAAAAGUGUAAAUUGAUUUGGGUGUUUUUUCGGUUACAAAACAUGCAAAACUCCGUUGUAAACGACUGGUGCCUUAUGAAGAACACGAAUAAAAGAUCACGAA